AUGGACUCAACCACACAACUAUCUACCACCCAAACAAAAACAUCUCAAAUCCCAUCACAACUAACCACACCACUAGGCACUGCUCAUGUAACAGGUUCUUCUGAAAGCACAAACACAAAUCUACCAGUAUCCUCUACAACACCACUCCCAUUAACAGCAUCUACUGCAGUUGAUGUUAUAAUGGAUUCACUAAGUACAUCUGUGCCCACAUCCACAAAGCAAACAACUACAUUAACACCAACACCUGCUGUAUCCCAUACCAGUCCAGUUUCAGCAUCUACAACUGUGUCAACCACACCCCAGCUUACCACUCUUACACAAGAACAACCUACAACUAAAAACUCUCUUUCAGCAUCUGCAAUAUCAACUUCUAACUCAAUUGCCGCUUCAGCAGAUAAUACCCCAGGGGCAUCAGCAGAACCUACCACACCAAAAGCUUUCUCAGCACCUGACACAACAACGACUUCAACACAGCCAACAACAGCCUCAGUUACUACAAGCAUAGCUGUAUCUUCAGGAGAAACAAGUAAAGCAAUUUCUGUGACCUCUUCAGAAACACCUGUAAUGACUACAUCUUCCUUAGGAACAUCCGUCACGUCAUCAAAUUCCUCUGCAGCAUACACAGCUCAUCUUCAACCCACAUCAUCCCUAGCUCAUGAAUCAUCCCAAUAUAUGCCGACUUCAGCCGGUACAGUUUCUCUACAACCUACAACACUGACCCAGGCAGCCCCCCAGAUUCCUCCACUAGCAAUACCAUUACAUCAUCCACAGGUGCAGCAUCAUCUCCGAUACGGUUUCUCUACAACCUACAACACUGACCCAGGCAGCCCCCAGGAUUCCUCCACUGGCAAUACCAUUACAUCAUCCACAGGUGCAGCAUCAUCUGCAGUGACAACUGUGCCAUAUCAAUCCAUGACUCAGCUGACAUCGACAGUCACAUUUUCAAAUUCCCAAUCUACAACUGUUUCUGCACACACAAAUGAUUCUCCAAUGGACUCAACCACACAAAUAUCUACCACGCAAACAAAAACUACCAAAACCCCAUCACAACCAACAACAUCACUAGAUGCUAAGGUACCUACAUCCACAAAGCAACCAACAACAGUAACAUCACCAUCUGCUGUAUCACAUGUCACUCCAGCUUCAGCAUCUACAACUGUGUCAACCGCACCCCAGGUUACCUCUCUUACACAAGAACAACCUACUUCAAUACUAACCCAGGCAGCCCCCCAGGAUUCCUCCACUGGCAAUACCAUUACAUCAUCCACAGGCGCAGCAUCAUCUGCAAUGACAACUGUGCCAAAUCAAUCUAUGACUCAACUGACAUCGACCGACACAUUUUCAAAAUCCCAGUCUACAACAACUGUGUCCGCACACACAAAUGAUUCUCCAAUGGACUCAACCACACAAGUAUCUACCUCCCAAACAAAAACAUCUCAAACCCCAUCACAACUAACCACACCAUUAGGCACUGCUCAUGUAACAGGUUCUUCUGAAAGCACAAACACAAAUCUACCAGUAUCCUCUACAACACCACUCCCAUUAACAGCAUCUACUGCAGUUGAUGUUAUAAUGGAUUCACCAAGUACAUCUGUGCCCACAUCCACAAAGCAAACAACUACAUUAACACCAACACCUGCUGUAUCCCAUACCACUCCAGAAUCAGCAUCUACAACUGUGUCAACCGCACCCCAGCUUACCACUCUUACACAAGAACAACCUACAACUAAAAACUCUCUUUCAGCAUCUGCAAUAUCAACUUCUAACUCAAUUGCCGCUGCAGCAGAUAACACCCCAGGGGCAUCUGCAGAACCUACCACGCCAAAAUCUUUGUCAUCACCUGACACAACAACUACUUUAACACAGCCAACCACAGCCUCAGUUACUACAAGCAUAGCUCUAUCUUCAGAAGAAACAAUUAAAGCAAUUUCUGUGACCUCUUCAGAAACACCUGUAAUGACUACAUCUUCCUUAGGAACAUCUGUCACGUCAUCAAAUUCCUCUGCAGCCCACACAGCUCAUCUUCAACCCACAUCAUCCUUAGCUCAUGAAUCCUCCCAAUAUAUGCCGACUUCAGCCGAUACGGUUUCUCUACAACCUACAACACUGACCAAGGCAGUCCCCCAGGAUUCCUCCACUGGCAAUACCAUUACAUUAUCCACAGGUGCAGCAUCAUCUGCAAUGAGAACUGUGCCAUAUCAAUCCAUGACUCAGCUGACAUCGACAGUCACAUUUCCAAUAUCCCAGUCUACAAGAACACACACAAAUGAUUCUCCAGUGGAGUCAAACACACACAUAUCUACCACCCAAACAAAAACUACCAAAACCCCAUCACAACAAACAACAUCACUAGAUGCUACUCUAAUGACUGGCUCUUCUGAAGUCACAAUCACAAACCUACCAGUAUCCUCUUCAAUAAUCUCUCAAACAACACCUGGCUCAUUAGUUAAUUCACCAAGUACAUAUGUGCCUACAUCCACAAAGCAACCAACAACAGUAACAUCACCAUCUGCUGUAUCACAUGUCACGCCAGUUUCAGCAUCUACAACUGUGUCAGCCGUACCCCAGGUUACCUCUCUUACACAAGGACAACCUACUUCAAUAGCAACCCAGGCAAAUGGAAAUACCAUUACAUCAUCCACAGGCGCAGCAUCAUCUGCAAUGACAUCUGUGCCAAAUCAAUCUAUGACUCAACUGACAUCGACUGACACAUUUUCAAAAUCCCAGUCUACAACAACUGUGUCUGCACACACAAAUGAUUCUCCAAUGGACUCAACCACACAAGUAUCUACCACCCAAACAAAAACAUCUCAAACUCCAUCACAACUAACAACACCAUUAGGCACUGCUCAUGUAACAGGUUCUUCUGAAAGCACAAACACAAAUCUAACAGUGUCCUCUACAACACCAACAACACCAACAUCUGCUGUAUCGGCCACAUCUACGUCAUCUACCUCUGUGGCGGACGUGUCAGCUGUGAGCCAAACAGUUCAAUCACUCCCCACAACAUUACAGAUCACCACUGAAGAGAACAUAACUAGACAAACUGAAACCACACUAUCAACAAUUUUGCCAGACAGCUCGGCCAAUGCACAACAGUCAGGAAAGCUGUCUACAACUCCCAAAACCACUGCCUCCUCCACAGAUGUUACAAACAGUGACUGGUCAUCACUGCAAAAUUCAACUCAAAACAUUACUUCAGUUUUAGCCAAACAGUCAACUACAUCUUCAACGACAUCCACUAACGUUCAGCCUUCUACAAUCAAUCCAAACCACAACUCAUUUACAGAAUUAUCACCAACACCUACAUUAUUUCAGCCCAAAACAGAGAAUAGCAGUUCAUCAGUUUCACCAUCAUCACCUAUGUACACUACAUCUUUGCAGACAUCAGAUCUAACUAAAGCACAAUCAUCAGGUACAGCUCAAACAUCUACACAAGUAUCUUAUACUAAUAUUUUCGACAGCAGUGCAUCUACACAACAUGUAUCCACAACUAGUUCAACCAUACCAGACUCUGCUUCAAGUGUAAUAACAACAUCUGACCAAAAGUCAUCAGAGUCGACCACAGCACAAACAAUUUUCACCACCACGGCCACUUCUACAAAAUUUACGACUGCAACUACACCGUUAGCAACUAGUACUUACACUAAUACUUUAGACAACAGUGCAUCAACGCUACAUGUAUCUGCAGAUGGUCCAACCAUUCCCAGAUUCACCACCAUAAUCACUCCAACACAAUUCACAACAGCAACUACACCAUCAGGAAAUACUUUAGACAACAGCACAUCACCACAGUUUGUAUCUUCCGCUACUCAGUUAAACAACAGCUCAGCAAGCCCCACACAAUCAACACCUGAAACAAAACAAGCUUCAACUGCAAUUUCAAAAAACACUUCAGCUACCAAGACCUCCCCUUCCUUCCCAAAUCCUCUCACUGAACAGUUAAACACUAGUGUUAGACCUCAACCUACAUCUUUGUCAGUAAAUAUAACCACUGCUCUUUCUAAAGAACCAACAUCAGCCACAUCAUUACUUAGUAUUGCACCCUCAGACCUCUCAACAGUGACCACACCCAUAGUUUCAUCAGCUAAAUCGCCAAUAACAGCAACAACAGUGCUAGACUCGACAGACCAUAGCGUGACCACAGCUAAAUCCAUCAAUGUAAACACCACUACGCUUCCUGCAGGACCAACCGUGUCUGCAGCAGUAGUUACUGAUGGGGGUUCAACUUCUCAAACCCAGCCAGGAGCUACAAAUGCAUCACCUGCCUCGAUGGUGGCCACUUCUGUUGGGCCAGGAACUACAUCAGUGUCCAUAGCAGGAGCUUUCAGUAGCACCACACAGCACCCAGAACAGCCAGAGUCUGCCGCUUUACCUUCAGGUGGCAGUUCUGUCACCAGUGCACUUCCACUAACAGGGAACUCUUCUUCACAGUCAGCAACUACAACCACUUCUUCACCACCAACAGCCACAGCAACCGCCAGCCCUUUGUUUUCACAUUCAACAUCUCCCACUGAAGGGUCACAUGUGUUUACAACAAAGCCCACAGAAUCCCUGACGACCAGUAGCAUGUUAGCAUACACAUCCCAUCCUAAUGAGGUCCCAUCAACAGCAGGCACAGACUCCGCAGCAACAUUCCCAUCCACAAAUUCAGUUUCAGUCAACAGCACAACACCAAAAUCAAGUAAUAUAUCUCUGUCAACAGCAAGACCUAAUAGUUCUAUCUCAACAGCAAUAACAUACAACACAACUCACACCUUAGCUGAGACAGUCACAUCGCCAUCAACACAACAAGGACAACAUACCAGCCAAUCAGAACUCAGUACAACAUCCCAAAACUCCAUGCAAACAACAAUCACUGGUGGUCCUGAUGUCGAAAAUCAAACAAACACAAUCCCCACUGAAGUAUUCUCCUCAACAGAGACAUCCUCACCACCCCAGGAUUCAGUCACAUCUUCAACUGGGAACAUAAGUCAAUCACAGAACACUGUAGUCACAGAACAUGCUACUGUCACCUUAGCUCAAAACUCCACAACAGGUAUACCUGCUUCAGUUGUUUCAACAUCAGCUCAGCCAUUUGUUGUCACACCCACAUCUAACAGCUCAUCACUAUCCAGCACAGGAGCAUUAAGUCUGUCACCAACAAUCACAACUAGUGCACCAAUAAAAAACAGUGCACCUGCCUUAACAACAACACCGCUAGUGCAACCUAUCAGCACAGCGGCAACUGAGAGUAGCAAACCAGCAUCCAAUAUCACCAGUUCAACCCACUCUUCUCAGUCAUGGACUCAAAAUCCACUGCAAGGGAAUGUUACAGAAUUGCAGGGCAACAUUACAGUGGACACUGAGCUCACAGCUACAGCUAAUUCCUCCUCACAAUUCACUACAUCUCCCAUGUUCGAAUCAACUGCUGUUGUGGACAGACCUUCUAUCAGUCCUACCACGGUGGGUGACUCCAGUCAUGCUACAGAUCAAAACCCAGAGACUGUCACUAUACCAGAAUCCUCAGCAAGUCCUCCUCCAACUCCAUCUGCAAAACGAGCCAUUGUGUUCAUCAGUCUGGAACCUCUGAUCAAGCCCAUCUCAUUUGAGUACCCAAAGGUGUCAAAUGCCACAUUUACUAUUCCCUAGGAUAACCAACAUAAUGCCCAAUAAGCUGCAACAAGCAACUCCUCAACAUAAACCUAUGGUUUAUGAUACAUACUUUCUUUUCUUUUUUGUAUGCAAAAUGCAUUUUUAUUGUAAACAAUAAGUAUUUCUUUAGGAAAUAUAUGCCCUAAACACUUUUCCAUUUUUUGAUGUAGUGUGUAUUGUGUAAUGACUGCUCAGUAGUGUUUUAAAGGAAGGUUUUAAAAACAAAAUCUGUUUUAGCAAUUGGGAAAAAACUGUAAUAAUGUUGUUUGUCUGCAAGCUCAUCCUUGUGAUUUUGUACAAAAAGAGAUGUUAAAGAUGUACAUGUAGAAGGUGUACAUGUCGGACAAAGUGUAAAGUCUAAUGUCUAAAACUAAAGCUAAUGUAAUAUAUUGGUAACAUCUAUUCACUAAAAAAAGAUCAAAGAUCUUUUCUUGUUGCGUUGUUAAAUUAGGACUUGAGAGAUGUAUAGAGAUGUGAAGAGACUUUGUACUGACCUUACAAGCUGAUCUAAGGAAGCAUAAACUGAAGUUUAUAAUUCAGUUCAUAUAUAUUUUUAUAUUUGCAAUGUGCAAAAUAUGUACAGAAAAGAAGAUUUCCACAUAAAACUGAUCACUUCAAAAAAUAAAUU